AUGCCCGUGGGACCAUUUGACUCCGCAAUUGCCUUCAAGGAAGCAUUCCUCGAGGGUCCAAGCACCAGCAUCCUGUCCUUUUCCAACCCCGAGUCUUUAGCCUUUGCAAUUAUAGACAAGACGCGUGCCCCAUCGCCAGAGGAUUCAGAAGGUGAGCUCGCUGGCACAGUGAGCUUCAUCCGGACAUCGCCGGUUCACCUAUGCACGGAAAUCGGGUUCAUUGUUAUACUACCACCAUACCAGCGCACGCAUGUCGCUAGAAAUGCCGUCGGGCUAGCUCUACAGCUUGCGUUGAAUCCAGUGGAACGGGGUGGUCUUGGAUUACGGAGGGUGGACUGGCGAGCUAGCACGAGUAACCUAGCCAGCGCUAAGCUUGCCGAGAAGAUGGGAUUCAGGCGUGUUGGCAUUGUGCCCUGGCAUAUACGUUUUGUGAAGGGCAAGCUCAAGGGCAAAAUUGGAAAUGGCAAAGAGUUACCCCCUGGGUCUGACCCUGAAGAUGUGUGGAGGGAUACAGUGAAUUACUGCCUGACGUGGGAUCAGUGGGAGGAUGGUCAGCGUGAGAAAGGUCGAAACAUGAUGGAUUGA